UUUCGGUUAAAAAAAAACAACUUUCAUUUAAUCAUCGAAAAUACCAGUUACAUACGGAAACCGAAAAUAACAGAAGUUAAACAUAUGAAGUAAAAUAAAACGGGAAAGUUUAUGUUUGCAUUUACAUAUUAAAAUAUAACACGAAUGUAACUUAGUUAAAGUGUGGGGAAAAUAUUAAAUGCAGGAGAUUGUAAUAUUUCAAUAGUAUGAAUGUUUUUACACUGGAGUAGAGAUAAUCAUUUUCUUUUUAAUUCUUAUGCAUUGACAUUUUUUGGAAGUUAUUUCAAGCACUUAAAGAUAUUAUGUUUAUAGUCCAAUAUUACCGUCGGUUUGCGGCAUAUAUACAUGAAUAUAUUUUAAAUAGCAACUCAGUAAUAAUAAUUAACUAUAAAACGUGAUAUAAGAUAUCAGUUGUCCUAUAAAACUAUCACAGGUGUUUUCCCGUUCAACAUUUUUAUCUAUAUAUAGUUACGGUUCUUGGAAACGUUUAGACGAGAUAUUAGAUAGGAACUAUGAACUUGCAAAUCUGCAUGUCAUUUAUUAAAGGGAUAUAAACAUUCAGUAUCUAAAUGCAUGGGUUUAGGCCUCAGCGACUGAUCAGUGAAAGUUCAACGAAUUCGUCAAGGGAAACUGAGGGUACCAAAACACAAAACCGUGAUGAAAACAUUAAGACCGAUGCAUCUACAUCCACCUUGGGACUUAAGCGAAACUACAACUUGGAGCCGCGGACCGCGCAGUCGUCCCACGAAGAUCCAAGAACACAGCGUGACGAGAGAAAAUGGCGGUCAUGUACUUGUGAUCAUUCAUUAACGCGCUCAGAACAAAACCAUUGUGUGAUUAUCAAUGAAAAGGAAAAGCCAACCGUUCAUGCUGCAAUUAAAACAUAUGACAUGCAAAAUGUUAAACAUAAAACUAACGAGUGCUUACCAACUGCAUGCUCAUGUUGCUCAAAAGUAUCAAACUCUGUUGCAGAUAUGACCGAUGACGGUAGUGAUUCAUUGUUUCAUAACAAAGCCAUAGGCUCAUCACGCAAUUCUUUUUGUCAACAUUCAGAUGGAAAGAAGGACUUUCAAGGAAAUCAUCAACAACAAGUAAAAUAUACUACUACAUGUCACAAUCCGCAUCCUGAAAAUGAGAUAGAAUUAGCUGAAUGCAACUCUGAUGAAACUCAAAGAAAAUAUACAUAUCUCGUGAAUAAUUCUGAAGCUGAAACAUUUGACAAUGUUAGAUCUCAAGCUGAACAUGAUGCCAGUGUUAAUAGUUCUAAGGCAAACUGUGAUAAAAACAAGAGCGUUCUUAAAGAAAGAGAUGAUAUCAUAAAUGAUUAUCAACUACAGGAAAUGAUGUGCCAUAAAGCAAUCAAACAAAAGUUAGAUCAAGACUAUUCAGAAAUACAAAAACUCCGAAAAAACUACAGUAGUUUGAAGAAAUUAUUUUUAGCACUAGCGACAUUAAACAUAAUUCUCAUUCUGUGUGUUGUGUCCGUGAUGCCAGUGAUACUAGUCACUUUUAAACUUUCUGGCGACAACUCCGAUGAAGAUAUAAAACUUAUAUCAGCAAAACAUUUAUCUUCAACUGAAGCCAAAAAAGUGGUGACGGAACACAUUCUCUGUGUUGACUGUCAUACAAUUAAAGAGCAAUGGUCAGAUAUAUUCACACGAGAAAGUGGAAAAGACUGCUGCUUAGAAGAUGUUGCUUCACUUGUUGACAGAGUGUUGGGAUUUAAUGAAAAGAAAUUGAAAGACAUAAAUUCAGCGGUGAAUAGAAAAAUAAAACACUAUACCCACGGACUGGAAAAUGAUAUUUCUGCCUUAGAGACUGUUGUAUUUAACGAAACUUUUAAGCCGCCUAAUUCAACAGAAGGAAGAGCAAAACACAGAAGACAAAAUGAAAACCUCUCCAGGCUUGUAAAUACUCUUCUGACACGAAAACGUUCUGCAAUACAUCUGUCAGGAACUGCAGUGCGACAUCAUGGCCUAGCAUGGUCACAGGACUUUCCUAAGACAACAUCGGGGCCUCUAAGACAUCGUAACAAUGCUAUACAUGUGGUCAGUGGCGGAGUUUAUUUUCUGUACAGUUGUAUUCGCUUUGAUCUUGGUCAGUGCAAUCGAACAGGGAACGUUCCGGUUGGAUAUAACAUCGCUGUCAGCCAUGGAGGUCGGAAUAAAACAUUAGCGGAUAUUCGACAACCUUGUAAAGAAGGUCAAUAUAGUGAAACAGAUCUUAUAAUACAAAAGAUAGUCCAUGUUCCUGUAAACGACCAAGGUGGAGGGAGCACAACACUGCGCGUUGAAAUACAGCCUAGCCAAGAUUUAGUUUCACAGAGUCACAGUCAUUCUUUUGGGCUUUUUGAGAUAUAAAUAAUAAAUAAACCAUAAAAAGCAUAUCAUUGUUUUAAAAUCUUACUUUCGAUAAGUAUUUUCUCAUAAAGUUUUCAAAGACUGGACAUUUGAUUCAAUUAUCUGUUAAUUAUUACUGAAUCCAUUGUUUUUAUUACCUCCAUUUAUGGCUCUGACCAUAUAAAAUGAUGUCCAGUAUUGAAAAUAAAGCUUUUCUAACCAUGCCAUUAUGCAUUAUAUUCUCUACUUGUACAGCUGGGGACUUUAAAAUAUCAUGGCAGGUGAAUUUAUGCAUUAAGAUUGAUCUCAACCAUCUUAUGUUAACUUGCAUGAGUCAAAUAAGAUAAAAGUGAUGAAAUAGUAUGCCUAACUUUUACAUCAUUUUUGGAAAACAGAUUGAACUCAAAUCUUAAAAUAUAGUAGUUAACGCUACUAUGACCUUUUUUAAAAAUGCUUGAAUAAGUACAAGUAUGAUGAGCAUAAAAUGUACGCAGUAAUCAGUAACAUCUGAGGUACUUCAAUCCGGGGUUAAUGUGACAUUCAGCUAAAUAUUAGUUUAUUUUAUGUUAUACGUACUUUCCCGUAUAGAUAUGACUGACCAUCUUUGAGCAAAUGAACCGCGCCAUGAGAAAACUAACAUAGUGCGUUUGCGACCAGUAUGGAUCCAGACCAGCCUGCGCAUCGCACAGUCUGAUCAGGAUCCAUGCUGUUCGUUUUCAAAGCCUAUUGCAAUUAGAGAAACCGUUAGCGAACAGCAUGGAUCCGGACCAGUCUGCGCGGAUGCGCAAGCUGGUCUGGAUCCAUGCUAGUCGCAAAAUCACUAUGUCUAUGUUGGUUUUCUCAUGGCGUGGCUCAUUUAUUGUUCCCUUUACUGGUUUACUUUUAUAGAUACAUUAAGGUAGAAAACCCCUCAAAUAUAUUUAAGCAAGAAAAAAUAAACACUACAACAGGCUCCAGACUUAUUCAACGGUUAUGAAUUGAGAAAGUAUCUUCAAGUGUUAACGAAAAGUUAUGGCGCCAAGGCAUCAUCGUUUUAUAAAAAGAAUAUUUAUGAGUAAUCUGUAAAUUAUGUACAUACUGAUAGACAGUAAAUAUUCUAAUGUUUAUAACCAUAUUGAGUCUAUAUCAACCUGUUAUAUUUCAGAUCGUUUCAGAUUCAGUUCAGUAGAUGUGAGAAGUUGCAAUAAUUACAUUUUAAUUACAUCAGCAAGCAUAAUAUUUAAGUUAAUAUAAUACUGAUAGAAUUGUACGUACUAAUAACGACAUAAUCAUUUAAAAUUUGCUCAACUUGAUUAUAAAAUAACAAUUGAGCCGCGCCAUGAGAAAACCAACAUAGUGGCUUCGCGACCAGCAUGGAUCCAGACCAGCCUGCGCAUCCGCGCAGUCUGGUCAGGAUCCAUGCUGUUCGCUUUUAAAGCCUAAUGCAAUUAGAGAAAUUGUUAGCGAACAGCAGGGAUCCUGACUAGACUGCGCGGAUGCGCAGGCUGGUCUGGAACCAUGCUGGUCGCAAAGCCACUAUGUUGGUUUUCUCAUGGCACGGCUCACAUUAUUUAUAUGUAUAUGACGACACUGUCGUUAGAAUUAUUCAUAGUUACAGACAAAAUGGCUUUCAAGUUUUCCAGUGCUCAUGCGUAUGUGCUAUAAAUUUUGGAUCUCAUUUCCUUUACAAUUGUUAUUAUUGUUUGCAGGUUUUAAGUUGUUAUGGAUGUUAUUUUGAAAUAUUGUAUACACUUUAUUCAAAUAAUGUACUUCAUAUUUCACAUGUUUUUUUAAAUAAAAUAAAUUUUAUGCUGUA